CAUCCCCAUGCCUGCCUUAAGCGAAAAUAUUGUAAAAUAUACACACCCUCACACAUGCAUACUCACAGACACACAAAGAGAGAGGGAAUCACGCCACCCUUACCGCAUUGCAGCCUUGGCUUGAUUUCUCAUAUCGGUGUUCCACGGAGCCCUAACCAGCUAAUUGUAUUGUGUGUGGAAGCGGAUUUCGUUUUGCUGGGUGGGCUUGCUGUGUUGCUGUUUGUGGGGGUAGCAAUUGUGGUGUAGUUGGUGUUCGUGGCGCGACGAGAGCUUCGUGCUGGUUGCAGGUUUCGUUUCGGAGGCGCGCUUGUCGUGUCCUGCUGUAGGUUUUGGAGUAAAGAUUCUGGGCGACUUGAAUUGGUGUUGUUAUUUGAAUGAUGGCCAUGGCGGUGGGCGAGCUCGGGCUGAGUUUGAAGAGUGCUGCAACGCCUGUUGCUGCUGCAGCUGCAACUGCACGAGAGAAGAGCUCGGUUCAGACUGGGCCGAGCAAAGCUUCUGCUUCAGCUCAUUUUCGGACUAGGAUAUCCCAAAAAGCAGAUCAUCGAAGCUCGAAUUAUUUUGGGAGGGUUUUAGGGUUUGGAGUUGAGGCUCCUAACACAUCCACGAGCUCUUUCUCGAUAAGAGCCAGCUCUGCUGCCGCUGAAAAAGCGAAGGCUCGGUAUCCGGGCGAGAAGAAGGGAUUUGUGGAGGAAAUGCGCUUUGUGGCCAUGAAGUUGCACACGAAGGAUCAAUCAAAGGAGGGGGAGAAGGAGGCUGAUGUGCAGCCGAUAGGCCAGUGGCAGCCCACAAUAGAAGGAUACUUGAAAUUUCUAGUGGACAGCAAGGAGGUUUACGACACCAUGGAGACAAUUGUGCAGAAGGCCGCUCAUCCUUCGUAUGAGCUGUUUAGGAAUACUGGGCUUGAGCGAUCAGAGAGGUUGGCUAAGGACCUAGAGUGGUUUGCAAGCCAAGGUCAUGCAAUUCCAAAAGCUGGGGUCGAUGGAACCACAUAUGCUAAGUAUCUGACUGAACUGUCUGAGACCGAUGUUCCUGCCUUCAUCUGCCACUUCUACAAUGUUUACUUUGCUCAUUCAGCUGGCGGUAAAUUUAUCGGAAAGAAGGUUGCAGAGAUGAUCUUGGAUGGUAGGGAGUUGGAAUUUUACAAAUGGGAUGGGGAGCUCUCUCAGCUCUUGGGUGCAGUGAAGGAAAACUUGAACAAAGUUGCAGAGGAGUGGACACGAGAUGAGAAGAACAAUUGCCUAAAGGAGACAGAGAAUUCUUUCAAGUACUCUGGCAAGAUCUUGAGGUUGAUCGCCUCCCCUCAAUAAGAGCCACCCACCCAAGUACAAUUAUUUAAUUGUUCCAUAUCACUUGAUGGUUCUGUUUAGUGUAUGAUUUGAAGAAAUUUCUGGCGUGAGUAGAGAAACCAAAUUGAGGUAAACUGCUACGCAUUAACCUCCGAACGCCCAACGGGCUUUUGACAGUUCGAAAGAUUUGUUAUGAAUUGUGUUCAAACUUUAAAUUGACAUUGGAAUGUGAAUAACUGCUUUAAAUGUUAAUACAACGAUGACAUGCAUAUAUUUUUCAUGACUA